AUGAUGACAAUGAUGGAAUUGCUACAGCAGGAAAUAGCGUGUGACAAUACACUGGAUUACUCCAAGUACUUGCAAUCACCCCAUCAUUCGAAAAUAAUUAAUCAACACACCCAGAAUCCAGUGCAGAGCCAAAAUGAUCAGCUCAAUGGUGGUGACCACAAUACGAGUUUCAAUGGGACCAAAGGACUGCUCAAUAAACCUGGCCAAAAUAACUGCUUCCUUAACAGUGCAAUCCAGGUGCUGUGGCAUCUCGAUAUCUUCCGGAGGAGUUUCCGUGAAUUAUCCGGACAUGCUUGUAUGCGGGAAUCCUGUAUCUUCUGUGCCCUGAAGGAUUUGUUUUCACAGUUGCAAUUCUCGCAAGAGAGUGCACUACCCCCCGAUGCACUGCGACGAGCUCUCGCGGAAAGUUUCCUAGACCAGCAGCGGUUUCAGCUAGGUUUCAUGGACGAUGCCGCCGAGUGUUUCGAAAAUAUUCUUCUCCGUAUACACUUGCACAUCGCGAAUGGAGAGGCCGAAGAUAUGUGCAGUGCGAGGCACUGUGUACCACAUCAGAAAUUUGCCAUGACGUUGGUGGAGCAGAGUGUGUGUGGUGCUUGUGGUGCUACCUCCGAACCCUUACCUUUCACCCAGAUGGUCCAUUAUGUGUCAGCGUCAGCGUUGACGUCACAAGUCCGUCCGACAUCUCUCGGUGACAAAAGUAGUGCCGAUUUUUUCGGACAACUGUUGAGAUGCGCUGGGGGUAUGGGGGAUAUUCGAGACUGUCCGAGUGCAUGUGGUGCUAAAAUACAGAUUUGCCGGACCCUCAUGAAUCGCCCGGAAAUAGUGUCAGUCGGUGUUGUUUGGGACAGCGAGAGACCGUCCCUCGAGCACAUCAUGGACGUAUUCGCGACAAUUGGUACAAACCUUCGACUCAUCGAUGUUUUUCACAGUGUCGUUGACUCAAGAUGGGGCACUUCAACCGUUCACAAUCUCGUUGGAGUCGUUACGUACUACGGAAAACACUACUCCACCUUCUUCUUCCACACAAAGUUGAAGGUUUGGAUUUACUUCGACGACGCUACAGUCAAGGAAAUCGGUCCACGUUGGGAGCAGGUAGUGGAGAAAUGCAGAAGGGGUCGUUAUCAGCCACUUUUGCUUCUCUAUGCAACCCCCGGUGGCACCCCUGUCAACACUGACAAUGCCCCCAAAAUCGUCACAGCAUUUCCAGCGAGUAAUACCAUGAAAGUGGCCUUGAAGAAUAAUGCAAGACGAUCGGUAACACCGAGCCCCGAAAAACCACCCAUCAACAACACAGCGCGACGAGCCAUUACACCGAAUCCUGAUCACCCACCGCACAUCUACACACAGAGACGAAUCUACAAUGAUUAUCAGAAUUUAACAGACAUACAGAAAACGAUAUUCAGUAAUGAGAGCGUGGACUCUGUCGAUGGCGCUGUGGAUUCGAAAUACAUAAGUCGUCGGGCAGUGGAGAAUGUAAUGCACCAGCAGAAGAAACAACAGAUGCAAUUAACCCGGAGUCUCAGUGCAGGUGCAACACCCCAGGAUGGCAUCAGCAUUCCCGAUCAUUUGAAUGUCUCGCGUCGUCGUGAUUCGGGAAAUUGGUCGGGGGAUCGUAACAGCGCGUCGUCUAGCUCAUCUACGACUAUGGACAAUCCUUAUCUCUACAUUGUGAAUAAAAUGCAGAGGAAUUCGGCAAUUCCAAAGAGUCCAACCAGUAAGUCUGGGGAAAUAUCGAGCAGCAGUAGUGGUCAUUACGACGCGGGUUACGAUUCUUAUUCACUCUCAUCGAACGAUAGUUUGCCUCUUCAGCAGACGUUGAAGCAUAAUCUGCAACUUGCGCAGAUACCAGAGAGUUAUCAGACUGCUUUGGAUGAUGAUUGCGAGCGUCUUUGCAAGGAGACUGAUGCAUUGUUGGAUAAAUCCCGAGCUGCUGAGGACGCUGGAGAUUUGGGGACUGCAGCAGCUCUUUGCAAUGCUGCCAGUAGUAAAGCCAGAGCUGCCAUGGAUGCACCCUACAACAAUCCCCACACCAUCACAAUAGCCAGGAUAACGCAUAAUACUUGUGUUAUGAGAUCUAGGAGUCUGCAUCGAAGAAUACUCCAAGAGCAGGUAGCUGUUAAUGGGGAGAAAGAGGAGGCUGUCCCCGUGGGCAGGCACUCACGAGAAAAUAGUAAAUCAGGACAACAUUCUCGGCAAAAUUCAAGGGACAAGGGCAAUCACUCACGCCAGAACAGUCGAGAACUGCUGAUUAAUGCUUCGGCAUUAUUGGAAAAACCAGUCACCAAGAAUAUUGAGAUUUAUGCGACAUUACCGAAGAAGAAAAACCACCUUCGGAAUAAAUCUUCCAAUGUCAUUGAGGAUGAGGAAUACAUGCUUUAUGACAGACCUACACAGAGAAUCAGUAUUUUGGGUCGAGUGAGGAGAUGCGAUGAUGACAAGAAAGAUAAGAAGAGAGCGAGGAGUGAGGAGAGGAAUAAAAAUGUGUCCAAAGACUUUUCCCUCGCUCCUUCGAGAUUAUCAGUUUCACCGAAGAAUGUUAAACCCGAAAAAUCAAACGAGGUGAGUAAAGAGGCGACAAAAAAUGGAAUUAAAAAUUCAGAUGCAGGGCAACAACAGCCGCAGCAGCAGCAGCAGUCAGGAGAUCAGAAAGGAAAGAAGCAACACAAAAUAAGGAGAAAGCUCCUGAUGGGGGGUUUGAUAAAACGAAAAAAUCGAAGUAUGCCGGAUCUUCGCGAAGGUCAGGUACCGCCGUCUAGCAAUCAGGAUGCAUCAAGCACUCUGCCGAAACAAUCUGUUGAUGAUUCGAGCGUUGGUCUUAAGGGGAAUAACGCUGGACAGAGUUUGAGUGGUUAUUUGUCAGAAGGACAUUUGGAAUUCACUGGCAAUGUGACGACUAAUGGCAAUCCCAAUCUUGAGCGCAGUCGAUUAAUGAGAAAAAGCUUCCACGGUAGCGUUGGCAAGGCGUUGCAUGUUGCAAAAGUCCCUCCACCACCACCGCUCAGGACGACUUCUCAGCUUAGCAAGUCUAAGUGUCAUGGAGAAGUGCGCAACGAGCAACACUCUGAUCCGUCAGUCAAUAUGAUGACUAAUGAACAAUCUAUUAAUUCAUCACAGCAAGAAGUGACAGGGAAUGGCUAUUGGAGUCACUCAAAUCCGGCCAAUUUUUACACCAAUGCUUCCAAUGACAAGAGUUACGAUGAUUACUCAUCAGAGCCACAUUCCCUGCCAUUUCUCCCUUCUUACAAUGAUCAGAAUAAACACUCUGGGUUCAUGUCCAACCCAGAAACGAAUUACGAUAAUGCCAAGAUUCAGGAUGAUGUAGUUAAAUAUGCAAAUGGAAUUCUCUAUGAACCUGUUCUCGUGGUUACACAUGCUGAUGUUCACAGUGAGCAGAGCCCUGGAAAACCUCAGUUAGAAGCUCUACCACCGUAUCCAGUGCAUGCCAACAUAGUCGUCUCUCAUUCUCGACAAUCUAGUGAAGAUUUUCCACCGCCACCGUAUCCAGCCAUCCCGCCUAGUGUGGCUCAUUCGAGGCAAACAUCUGAGGAUUUUCCACCUCCUCCUUCUCCACUGGAGGUGGAAAAUUCUCAUGCCCAGCCGAUGACACAAACACAGACUGAGGUCCAGCAAUUGAGUACUUUAUUAGCGCAAUUGCAAUUGAAGAGACAACACAUGCUCGAAGCCUCACAGAACCGAAUGGAAAUGCGUGAGGAGGAGGGGGAGGAUAAAAAUUCUAAUGAAACAUGGUUGAAGGAAUUGCAAGCUAAACAGGCUGAGAGAAAAGUGAAGAGAGGGGGACCAUUGGAUGGUCAAGAAGUGCCAAAAAGUAUUGCGAGGAGAACAAGUGACUUGAUGAUGAAUAGUUUGAAUCAAACAACAGUACAAACGACGGGGCAUGAUGUCAUUGAUUGUCCCAAGGUGGCUUCCUCCGUCAGAGACAUGGCUGCGAGAUUCGAAAAGAUCAAGUCCCAGCCGGACCUUCAAAAUGAGCCCGUUAAUCCAACUCCCAACUUGACAAACUCGAAUGAAAUUCGAAGACAAACAGUGGAAACAUUGAAUCAGCCAGCCAUCGUCCACGCCAGCCACACUCCACCUCCAAAGACUGAUAAUGAAAUGCCCCUCGGUGUUAGUUCUGAAUUUAACUCGACUCAGAAUCUCGACGCCCCCAUAUCUGUAGCAUCACCACCAGCGCCUGUACCUCAAACCAAUAGUCUGAACGCUGCAAUUCUCUCCAUGUCAUUGACCCUGCCACAUGAGAACGGUUUGCCGAUUGAUUGCCCCGAGGACGAUAUAAGUGAAGUUGCUAUGCAGAACACUAUUCAAAAUACGACGAUUCUGCCCAACGAAGAGGACAUUGCACCGAGGAAAACGAAGAAUAGGAUCGGAAAGAAGAAGAGUGUUUCCUUUUGCGAUCAAGUUGUGCUGGUAGCUACGGCUGAAGACGACGAGAAAGAUUCUUAUAUUCCGAAUCCUAUUCUCGAGAGAGUUCUCCGUUCCGCAAUGAACAAGCCAGAGACUGCUGAAGUCCUGCGGGAGAUCCGAAGCCUGCAAGAGGCUGAAAUUAAUCGAGAGAAUGCUCCUGCCAUGAAAUUUCAGCAACAUACGCUGCCAUUGAAGAGCGAAGCUGACAGCAUUCCAGCGACUCCCUUCCAGGAUCAAUUGAAGAGUGUUAAUCCCAUUGUGAGCGUCGCUGAAUCGGCAGUGAAGACUGCUCCGGCUAAACAAACCUCUAAUGAGACUGUUGAUCCUAUUCAAGAGAUGAGGAAUCCAUAUCCAAAUCCCAAUAAUAACGACACCAGAGACAAUUAUAUGAAUUCAAUGAAUCAACAGAAAAUUCCGUACUUGCCUCAGUCACAGUCGCAGAUAAAGUACUAUCAGAAUAGUUAUUCAUCAUCACCGACUAUUCCCAACUAUCCUCACACUUAUACAUCACAUCCGAGGAAUCAAAAGCCAUCGAGUCCUUAUACCGUUCAAAUGCAUCCGCAGUAUCAGACUAAUGUUCUCCAGCCAAAACCACACACAAAUGGUCAUUCUGGUUACUCUCAGUUGGAGUAUAAUCAGUUGAAUAAACAGAUGGCAUUAAUGCAAUUGCAGAAUAGCCAGAGUCAGAGACCCAGUCCAAUUACUGUUCAAUACAAUCAGCAGUAUUUCCAUCAGGCCAAUGAGUCAUCGAAUUUGUAUCAACAUCCAGUGAAUGGUUAUCAGGGUUAUCCUCAACAGAGUAAUGGACCGAUGAGAAUUACCCAACAAUUACCGCAGUAUCAACCGCCACCGAGUCGAGUUAUUCAUCCACACUCGCAGCCGCAGAAUCAAUUGGCUCAGCAGUUACAAAAUACGCAACAGAUGAGUCAAUUGCACCAUCAAUCACCCCCGCAGAAUCAUCAACAACAUCUCCACAAAAAUCAGAAUUAUCAGAGAUCUCCGCAAAAGGUAGAUCAGCAGAAUGUGCUCGCGCCGAAUCAGACUUAUCCCCAUUCACUUCACAAUGGACAGAUACCAUCUAACAUGAAAUAUCCGAAUUAUCAGCAUCCACCAAUUCCGAAACAAGCUAAGCAGAUACAAAUGCAAGCCAAUGCCAAUGGGAAGGGUCAAAAUAUUGGCAUGCCAAUUUCACCUUCCCUGCAAAAGACAGCCCAGGCGUCUGUUGGUUCUAAAACUGUACCUUGUCACUUGUGCCGGAAGAAACCAGUUGCUGAAACCGCCAUUUAUUGCUCGGAUUGCGAGUUUUACAUGUCACGGUUUCGGCCGAAAACCUGAGAUGCACAUAUUUCUUCCCUCUGACACUGCACUUUUUUGGAAUGUCAAUAAUUCAUUCAACUGUUGAUGAUGACGGAAUAAUUUUUUUGCUUGUAAAGUACAAAUUUUUCUCUCUGUGAUGAGUCCAGACUGAGCUCAAUUGAUCAACUGAUUUCUGAGUUGUGAGCAUUUUGAAAAAAGUAAAAAGUGUCCACUUUACCUCACCCUCCCCGAUGCCAAUGGUUUGGCAUAACUGCUCAGUGUUCACAAGCUCUUGGAGAGGUGCUUUAAUCUGUACAAACUCAGCUUUCAUUCAUCUUCUGUCUUUUUAACCCGUCAGUAGGCGCCCGAUGAGAGACUCCCCUAUAGACUUCUCGUAGGAAUAGAAGCCAAUGGCAACGAAGCCAGUGGCACGAGUCCCGUGCCCGUAGCAUGUAAAAAAUUUCGGCCGAGCCGAAGAAAAUAUUUUUUUUCUACUUAACCCUGACUGAUAGACGAUUUUCAUCACCAUCAGACUGAACUAGAAGAGUUACUUGAGGCAUUUAAAAAAUUGCAGCAAAAUAUUUGCAUUUUUAGGGUAUAUUUCCUGUGGAGUAAAAAUUUUUGUGAGGGAAACGCUUAUACCGCGCCUACUGACGGGUUAAAUCCAACCAACUAUUGAAACUAUUCGAUCUAUUCAAGUAAAAUGCAAUUGCAAUAAUUAUACUUCUUUCUAUUAUAGUAUUAUAUAUAGUGAUAGGAUGAAACUUGAAAUAUUGUAUAUUAAUGCUAUCAAACUUCUAGAAUUUUAUAUGAAAAAUUGCGUUUUAAUCAACUCACUAUGGAGUGUUAAUUAUAAUGAGGGGUUCAGAAAGGACGAAAAACUGGAGAUUUUUUUCACAGACUCAUUUUACGAUGAGAUAAUUUGGCAGGAGGUGAAUGUUGAUUAUGAAUCGUCACCUCACGCUAAAAUGAAUAAGUAUUUGCAAUAUUCGUCCCAUCGAGGAAAUUAAUUUAAAUCUGUGAAUUUCCCCAAUGUUUAAUUUUCCUUUUGAUGUAUGAAUAACUUGUGAUAAAAACUGAAAAGUGCAGCUCGAUCGAUCUUCAUAAUUUUACGAAUUGAUGUACGGAAAUUCAUUCCAUGGACACAGUUGUGCCUUAUUUCAGUGGAUAUAUCGCUUGAAAUGUUAUACCUAGAUUAUAUUUUGAUAAGUCUUUGAGAUUACUUAUAUAAAAGUAAGAGCUGUCAUUGAUAAAGUGAAUAUUUAACGAUUAAUAAUGAAUCGUUAGUUAUGUAUCUAACGAGAAUUUUUAUCUCUAUUUUUAAAUUCCUUAGACACGAUAACGGGAAUUCCCCCAACUUUCCGAUAAUAAGCGAAUGUACAUAGAAUAUGAUCGAUCAUAUUGUACAGAGAAUAUGUAGCUAUACAGUACUAGUACUUAAGAUUUAUGAGAAUUGUGAUACUAGACAUCUUCCGUAAAACUUGUAUGAAAAAUGUCUUCUAAUCGAUAACAUAUUAUAUAAAAAUAAUUAGGAUUAAAUUACAAAAGAUGGAAAAAAACUUGAUCUCUUCAGUGAAUGCGCAAUAUUCGCUCUGGAUAGUUAUUAAUGCUUAAAUUCGUCUUCAUUUAAGGAACCUGUACAAUUUUUUUUCAACGUUUAUAGCUCUUUUUCAAUGUAAAAAGUAUUUUGUUUUAAAAAUACUGAAAUAUAUGUCUAUUUUCAUGUU